AUGUCGUCAAAUAAUGAUCUUUUGUUGCAUAUAAUAUCUCAAUUAAAUGCGCAGCAGCAAGCGGCGGCUCUUUAUGACCAUACUAAAGGGCUGCAGGUCAUAGCCGGCCCCGGUACGGGGAAGACUAAAGUUCUGACUUCGAGGGUGGCCUACUUGAUUCUGCACCACCAUAUGCAUCCGCGCGAUAUCAUAGUGACUACCUUUACUAACAAAGCUGCUAACGAGAUGAAAGAACGUCUUCAGGAAAUGCUACGCGGUACAGAUGUCAAUGUCUCAGAACUCCUCAUUGGUACUUUCCACAGUAUUUGUCUAAAGAUACUCUAUAGGUUUGGGCACUUGGUAGACCUACAGAAGGACUGGAGGAUCAUUGAUGAAAAGGAAAUAGAUGUUAUUUUGGAUGACAUGGUUGAAAAAGUUCCCGACCAAAUAAGGGAUUACGCCUCCUCAAUUUCAAGGAAAGUCAACUUGUGUAUGCCCAAGAAGAAUGGUGAUGAAUGGUGCAUCCAUCCAAAGCAAAUCAAGAAACAGAUAUCAAGGCUCAAAUCAAACGCAAUUCUGCCCGAAGAAUACGUUCUAGACUCGAACCAUGACACUGCGUUGGCUCAUUUUUAUCAAAUCUAUCAAUCAGAGCUAAGCAAAAAGAACACUUUAGACUUUGAUGACUUGUUGAUGUACACUUUCCGCCUGUUAACUAGAGAGCGUGUUUUAUCGAACGUCAAGCAUGUUUUAGUUGAUGAAUUUCAAGAUACUAAUGGGAUUCAAUUAGACUUGAUGUUUCUCUUUGCCAAGGGAAAUCAUCAUCUCUCGAGAGGAAUGACCAUUGUGGGAGAUCCCGACCAAAGCAUAUACGCCUUUAGGAAUGCCUUGGCCCACAAUUUCUUGGAGAUGGGUAGGAAAUGCCCCAUCGAAUACUCGACUAUUGUACUAGUGGAAAAUUAUCGUUCAUCACAGAAGAUUCUAAACACAAGUGAAAUUUUGAUAACACAGCAGAACAAAGGACGUCAGAAUAGAGCUCCACUUCGUGCCCAAUUUGAUUUGGAUUUCCCCCCUGUUUAUAUGAAUUUUCCUGCUUAUUUUCUGGAGGCGCCUUCCUUAGUACGAGAAUUAUUAUACUUGAAGGCUUUACCAAAUUUGUUCACAUUUAACRACUUUGCCAUUCUAGUAAGACAACGAAGGCAAAUCAAACGAAUAGAAAACGUUCUGGUAGAACAUCGGAUACCAUACAAGAUCAUAAGGGGCCAUACCUUCUGGGAUUCAAAAGAAACAAGAGCGAUGUUAAACUUAUUGAAAUUGAUAUUUUCUCCAAAUGAUAAACAUGCAAUUCUGGCUUCACUUUUAUACCCGGCAAGAGGUCUUGGUCCUGCUACUAGUGAGAAAAUCAAGAACGCGCUAGAUACACUUGCCACAGAUGUAUCAUGUUUCCAAAUUUUAAAAGACAUAAGUAAUAAAAAAAUUGCUUUGGAUAUACCGACGAAGGGUCGUUCUGUUAUAGCAGAUUUCAUCUCAAUGAUAGAAAAUUGUCAAUUGUUGCUAGACAGUACUCUACUCGGAAGUCUUACUGAUCUAUUUGAUAAACUUUAUGAACUGUCUGGGUUGAAGUACGAAUACUUAUAUAAGGAUGGCAAGAAGAAAACCGAACAACUGGAAAAAUCUGAACCUAAUUUAUUAAACGUAAGGCAUAAAAAUAUUGAACUUCUGAAGAACUAUUUCUUAGCUCUCGUUAAUAAGUCGGAAGCUUCAGAUAAAGAAAAAAGCGAGAGUCCGAAUGCGAAAAGUGACAGCGAAGACCCAGUUGAAGACAAAGAUACCACUCCAAAGGAAUAUCUCCGCAAUUUUUUCAACUCAUUGUCGCUCCAUUCGGACACAGCUGAAGAAGAAGAAUCAGAAUCCAACACAAGUGCAAGAGUGAAUCGAGAAAAAAACGGGUUCGUUACAAUCUCUACAAUUCAUGGUGCCAAGGGUCUCGAAUGGCCAGUAGUGUUCAUUCCUGGCUGCGAAGAGGGGAUUAUUCCUUGCGUAUUCAACGAUGAUAAAAAGGACGAAUCAGAAGAGGACGAGGAGGAUGAAUCAGAUAAUGGUAAAAAGGAUACGAGCCCUAAAAAGAGUAAAAUAUGUUCUGUGGAAGAUUCUAUAGAUGAAGAGAGAAGAAUGUUUUUUGUUGCACAAACCCGUGCUAAAUAUCUUCUUUAUUUAUCGAAUACCACAACAGCAGAAGACGGUGAUAGACCACGCAUUGCGAGUCGAUUCUUAACCAUAGACUUAGUAAAAGCCAUGUCCGAUAGUCAAAAAUUAUUUGAGAGCACGAGUAAUAUUAAGAAAUUGUAUCGUAUUUUGAACAAAAAACCGCCUGCUCAGACUGAUAAACUCUUCUCCUUGGACCAAUUGCAAAAAGACUAUAACCGGUUCAUUGAGAACAGAAGAGAAAGAAUGAUUUGGCAGGGAAUACAAAUGAAUGACAUCUACGGAAUACAAUUAUCUAAAAACAAACUCUCAGGUACUGUUAAUGAUUUUACAUCAGCUGCAGACCAAUUACGACUUGAAACGAAUCGUUCUAUAUCCCCGCAAAGGAAACAUGCUCCGAGAAUAUUCCCACCUAAAGUCAAUGGAAGUUACGCUCCUAAAAAUAUGGUUAGAAGUCCGGAAAAAAGAUACGCUCCAGAAACUACAUCUUACGGUUCUCCAGCAAAGAAAAAGGUGUAUGCGCCUCAGUACGGUUCAACGAACAGUGUACCAAAUCGUCAAGUAUUUCACUCCGCAACUGGGAAUAAUGUUCCUUUUUUAAGAAGGGAAGAUAGGUCAAUCACUGAUUUAUCUCCAAGAUCAUCAACAAGGUCGUUAAGAGGCGCGUCACCAGGUAGAACGAGUAAUAUAUCAGACAAUGUAGUCGCGCUAUCACCAACGAGGCCUUUGAAAAAAAAAUCUGUUAAUAAUAUUCAUGUUCCAACUGCAGGCACGUUUAGAAUUGAAGCCCAAUCGAACUGCGAUGUACAAGAACGCUCAAAAUACUUUAGUAAUUCAUUAACGUCUAGUGAGUGCUCUAAUCUUUCUAGCACAAGCGCUAACUCUGGCCAGUCCAAUAACUUGAUACAAAAUAUCAAAGACGAGUUAGAUUUAUCCGACGACGAAUUACUAAAUGAUAUAUCAAUAGAAAGGAGAAGAGAUCUUUUAACCCCAGGGAUUACAAAGAAAGCAAAAUCAAGAUCUCGAAAUAGGCGGUCCAAAGUAGAGGAGGGAGGUGGGAGUGAAGAAGUCAUAGAUUUAAAGAGCGAAUUUGAAGAAGACGAUAGUAGAAAUACAACUGCGGCUGAGUUAUUACAUAACCCAGAUGACACCAAAGUUGACAACCGUCCGAUUAUCUCGAACGCGAAGUUUUUGGCUGAUGCAGCAAUGAAGAAGACCCAAAAAGCAUCAAGCAAGGUCAAGAAUGAGUCUGCGUCAAGUCAAAUGGAUAUAUUCUCCCAACUGACGCGAGCGAAAAAGAAAUCAAAAUUAAACAAUGGCGAGAUUAUAGUUAUCGAUUAG